AUGGACGUUGCGUUGGCCCAUCCGGAGGAUGAAGGUACCAGCAGCGAGGAGGACAAAUGUGCGAAAUUGGACAAGUUCUGGGUUCCCGGGGCCCUGCUGCUGGGCGUGAUCGUAGGGCUCCUACUCCCUGCCAGCCAGCCUGGCUGGGGUGGGCGCACUUCAGAAGUCUUGGGGUGGACCUACUUCUUUGCUUGGUCUGUAUCGUUUUAUCCACAGGUCUUCCUCAACAUCCGAAGGCAGAGCGUUGUGGGCCUAUCCCUGGAUUACCAGAUUCUUAAUGCAUUUGGCUUCGCCUGCUACUUCCUCUUCAAUGCGCUUCUGUUCUGGUCGCCGGGUAUCCGGGCUUCCUACCGGCAGAGUCACAAUGGCCAGGACAGCGCUGUCCGGCUGAAUGACGUAGUCUUUGCGGGCCAUGCGCUGCUUGUCACCCUGGUCACCCUCGUGCAGAUAGGUUUCUACUACGACUACCCGCCUCUCGCGGGCGCCGAUCGCUUGCUGCGGUUUGUUGUCCUCGCGGCUCUGGGCAUGGUUGGUAUCUUUAUGGUGGGAGCCGCUCUCUUCAUUGCCACUUAUGAGGAGUGCUGCCUUAGCUGGUUGACUUUUCUCACCAUCAUCGCCGAGGUGAAGGUCGUAAUCUCAGUCGUGAAAUAUUGUCCGCAAGUGUGGAUGAACUACAAGAGGAAGAGCACAGCAGGAUGGACAAUUUACAACGUCCUGCUCGACUUGAGCGGAGGCUUUCUAAGUGUGGCCCAGCUGCUGCUUGACGCUUCGCUGAGCGAUGACUGGAGCAAGGUCUCUGGCGACCCAGCCAAGCUCAUGCUGGGAAACGUGUCUGUGUUCUUCGAUUUGAUCUUCAUCGUGCAGCACUUUUGCCUUUACAGGGAUGCCUCCCGUGCCCGGCUAUGCGAUGUGCACGGCUCCGGCGGUUCCAGUGCUUCAAGUUCCGAGGGCUUCUGA